UAAUAAUACCGAAUCUCGUAACGGUAUUAUAUAAAUCAAUGAAAACUAUAUAAACGCCGACGCGUGUCUAUAGGUGCGAUGAACCGCAAUAAACAAAUCCAUCAUUCUGAUUUCUACGUCAAGAAAAAUGCAUUGUGGCACUUUCCUACGGAUACACCCAAGACUGAUGAUGAAUUCAAAUCGCGAUUCAAAAGACCUAACGUGAAGAAGAAAAAGAAAAUAAGGAAGUUGCCGAAAAGACUUGAAAAUCCAGUGGAAAUGUGGAAAUAUUUCAUUUCGCACACGAGUCUUCACGGCCUAAAAUACAGUCAAGACGAAAAUUUGUACCGAAUCGAACGAGUCAUUUGGGUCUUGUUAUUCAUCGCAGGGGCGUAUUCAACUGUGAGAGUAAUCUUCGAACUGUACGGAAAUUUUCAGGCUAAACAAACGAAUAUUUUUAUCGAUGACUUGAAUCACGAUAUUUUUCACAUUUCCUUUCCGAGCGUUACAAUAUGCCCUAGUUCUCGCGUGGAUUGGGAGGAGGCUACCAAAAUAGCGAGUACAUUGAUACCUGCGACGAAUAAAAAAGCUACCAAUACUUUCUUCGAAAUUUUGGCGAAUAUGUCUAAUGUCAAGAUUGCCAAUUUAGACAGAUUGAACGUCUCAAUUAAUGAUGAUGAACUUGAAUACCUCACGAGGAUCAAUAUAUCCGACGUAUUGUUUAAAGUUUUGCCGAAAUGUGACAAGAUAAUAUUCAACUGUUCUUGGAGUUACGUAACGGUGAACUGCUGUGAAAUAUUUGAGGUGCAACGAACCGGCUAUGGUUUUUGUUACACUUUCAACUCUUUGACCUCAGUAGGAAAGCUCCCCGAGGAACCUAGAAACGCUCAUGCAUAUGGCGUCCGUAGUGGUUUGAGAUUUGUAACACAGAAUAAUUUUCAAUACCCGCCGCGUCAUUCAAAUAAUGACAAAAUUAACUCGGUGUUUAUGAUAUCACAUCCGAAAGCAAUGUUCCCGACAAAAGGUCGAUACGUAGCUUCUGGCAGGCGAUAUAACGUAGAUCUGAAAUUCACGACUGCCAUUUCUUCAAAUGAAGUGUUGGAGUUAGAAAAUGAUGAGAAUCCACCUUGCAAGCACGAAAAUGGAUCAUACCAGUUCGUGAAUUGCUUGUCCACGUGUAAACGAAAUUAUAUUCAAAAGCUGUGCGGUUGUACCCCAAGUUUCUUUUUUCCUAUGGCUGAUAAUUCGUCCCGAGAGUGUAACAUUCAAGAUUUGCAAUGUCUGGCAAAAGAGAGGAAGGAAAUUAACGAGGUUCACUUUUCACUGGCCGGCGAACAGCCGCACGUAAUUAAGACGAUGUGCAACUGCCCACCGGAAUGCGAAUAUUGCAACUAUGAUGAUUAUGUGAUAGGAACUCCUUAUUACAAGCCAGACGCAAUUAUGUUGGACGUUCAUUACGAUGGCCCGACAGGUGUUCGAUACAAAAGAGUCAUUCGGGUUUCGCGUUUAGAUAUGAUGGUGCAGUUGGGUGGAAUUUUCGGAUUGUUCUUGGGCGGCUCGCUGCUGACCAUCUUGGAAUUCCUGUACUGCUUCGUCGUCGGGCUGACACUUUACGUCUAUCAGAGGCUCGUCUGCAACAAGAGGAAAAAGGAUUCGCUGAAAAUUCAAAAUAUUAUUAACGUGACGUCGUACAGUAACGAAAAAAGAAUUUAUCCGCUUCUCGAUUUUCCGCCACGAGUUUUGAACAGAAAGAAACCCAAAUUUUAAUUGGAUAAUUCAGUAACAUUAUUUAUUGUAUCAUAUCAUAUUAUUGCUGUAUUUUUGAACUAUUUGUUAUACUGCAUUUGCGCAGCUUUCUUAGAUGCAGAGUAAAUAUUUCUAUGACAUAGAUAUUAGUAAUAAACAGCACGUGUACCGAAAUAAGUAGUUUCAAUAAAUAGAGCGCGUUAUAUAUACUUAUUUUGCCAAAAAAUUUGAAUUUUUUUAUCAACCGGAAGUUCUGUGCGACCGUCAAAACCUAACCAAAAUUAGAUUGAUUUAUCCGGUCGGCUGUUGCGCAUGCGCAACUGCGGGAUACACUUUUCUGCUGGUGGCUCGUCUUGGCUUUCCUGCAGCUAUCGUAAAAUACGGUUAUCACCGAAAACCUA